AUGUCUGGUAAUUGUGGUGCUUCUGUAAAGGACGUUAGUCCUCAUGAAUUUGUAAAAGCAUACGCAGAUUUUUUAAAAAAAUCAGGGAAAUUAGAAAUACCUAAAUGGGUAGAUUUAGUAAAAACUGGUCCAUAUAAAGAGUUGGCACCCUAUGAUCCAGAUUGGUUUUAUAUUAGAGCUGCUUCUGUUGCUCGUCAUAUUUAUUUACGCUCCAAUGUUGGUGUUGGUGCAUUGAAAAAACUUCAUGGUGGUCGUAAACGUAGAGGUACUCGUCCCUCUCAUCAUGCAGAUUCAUCAGGAGCUGUUGCUCGCAAAGUUCUUCAAUCUUUGGAAAAAAUUAAAAUUUUGGAGAAAGAUCCUAAAAAAGGGUGA